GAUUAGACCAUUUUAUCAGUGUGAGUUACAGAGGGCGCUCUAAGCUGGUCCAGACUUGGAGAUCGAAAUUGUUUAAACAUGGCGGAUGCUGGAUUGCGCCAACGGUUGAUUCCAGAUUCAGAGGCGCCAUCUGACUGGGAUUCGGAUUUGCCAUAUGGGGGGAAAGUAUACCUAGCUAGGAAAAAGAAGCCUGACCCAACCUAUGUCAAAGUUAUUGAGGCGGUGGUGUUGAUUUCAACCCUCUCCUUUGCACUGUAUGCAUACUACUACUUUGACCAUCUUCAUUUCAAUGUGACAUACGCUUAUGCGUGGUUGGGAUAUCCCAGUGCAAACCACCAGAUUGGGCAAAGAUAUCUACACGGAAAGGGAGUCGAGAAACACAUCGGAAAAGCCAUGGAACAUUUCAAAAAAGCGGCUGACCAGGGACAUCCCCACGCGUCCUACAAUUUGGCGAUCGGUCAUCUGAAAGGCUACAAAUCCGGCCUUAAACCUGGAGAAGCCCACGUCUUGAUUCAACACGCCGCAUCGAAGGGUGUGAAGGAAGCCCACCAGGUGUUGAAUGAGGUGUGCUCCAGGGGAGGCUGCAAGAACUAAGGCUGGGGUGUUCAACGCCUGUAGCGGGUUUAGAGAACGCUUAAUUAGUUCACAUAUAUUUCUUUUCACUGCUGGACAAGGAUCAACAACGAAACAAUUGAUACUCCUUGCAUGUUAGUGCUUUAAAAAGUCCUCUAUACAUGUACUAUCACUUUGUAAGACUGGUAUAGCCAUGUGUAUAUACAUGUAAUUAUGCAUAUGCAAGCAGUGAUUAUUGCAUUGUUAUUUUCAAUGGAGCUAUUAUUUUUCUAUAGAUGUUAAACUUUUACUUUCUAAUAUUCCGUCCAGUACAUUCUCUGUUGAUCCGCUGUCAUAUGUUAAAUACAUGUACUGUACUAUUAAACUCACUGCUGCGUAAUUUACAAGAUGUGUAUUCGUUUAUUUGUAAAUUCUGGAGUGUUAUUUUGUUUCAUUUAUUAGAGUUUUAAAAAACCCAGAUAUUUUGUCAAUAAAGAGAUUUGCAAAAAUCACAGAA